GGGUUUUUCUAGCAGUGUGAAGUGGGCCGCAGUUGGAGCGUAAAUGUCAGAGGCAAAGUGUGAAAAAAUCAGAGAAAAACAUUAUUUCUGGAACACAGGAAACGAUAAUUGUGUUCAAUCAUGAAUUUCCUGGGUUUUGGACAAUCCGCUGACUUGGACAUUGUGUUCGAUGGGGCCGAUUCGAGGAAGAUGGCUGAGAUCAAGACGGAGGACGGCAAGAAGGAGAAGUACCUUCUCUACUACGACGGCGAGACCGUGUCCGGGAAGGUGAACGUGACGCUGAAGAAGCCGGGCAGCAAGCUGGAGCAUCAGGGCAUCAAAAUCGAGCUCAUCGGCCAGAUCGAGCUGUACUACGACCGCGGCAAUCACCAUGAGUUCCUGUCGCUGGUCAAGGAGCUGGCGCGGCCGGGCGACCUCAUCCAGAACAGCAGCUACCCGUUCGAGUUCGCAAACGUGGAGAAGCCCUACGAGGUGUACGUGGGCUCCAACGUGCGGCUGCGGUACUUCCUGCGCGCCACCGUCGUGCGGCGCCUCAGUGACAUCAUCCGGGAAGUGGACAUCGCCGUGCACACGCUGUGCAGCUACCCGGAGGUGAACAGCCCCAUCAAGAUGGAGGUGGGCAUCGAGGACUGCCUGCACAUUGAGUUCGAGUACAACAAGUCCAAGUACCAUCUGAAGGAUGUGAUCGUGGGCAAGAUCUACUUCCUCCUCGUCCGCAUCAAGAUCAAGCACAUGGAGAUCGCGAUAAUCAAGCGCGAGACGACGGGCUCGGGGCCGAACACCUUCACGGAGAACGAGACAAUCGCCAAGUAUGAGAUCAUGGAUGGGGCGCCGGUGCGGGGCGAGAGCAUACCGAUAAGAGUCUUUCUGGCGGGCUACGAUCUCACGCCCGCCAUGCGUGAUAUCAACAAGAAGUUCUCCGUCAAGUAUUUCCUCAAUCUCGUCCUCAUGGACACGGAGGAUCGCCGGUACUUCAAGCAACAGGAAAUCACGCUGUGGCGGAAGGCGGAGAAAUCCAGGAAGUCGUCGGCGGUCGCGCCCAACAAUCCCCAUGUGCCAUCUCACCUGGUUGGCUCAGACAGUGAUAUGGCGCCCAAGGCGCUGCAGAGCGACGCCGGGCAGAACUUGGACACCUCGCCUGCGCCGCCAAUGGAUCCGACCGUCGGCCUGUUCACCCAGGAGAGCCCCCAGAAUGAAACCAAACCCACGGAAUCGCCCACAUUUCAUGCGGAGAAUGAUAACAGUGAAUCAGCACAAUCCACAAAUGAUCUGCCACUGCCGCUGGAUUCGCCGGACUCAGCAGAGCAAAACCCGUAGGAGGACAACAAAAGUAGAACAAUAAUGAACUGAAUUGGUAUACAAAAGAUAGCGAGGAUGCGUGAAUCUGAAUAUCCGCAGUGUUGAGGAGGCGAUGCGAGUGAUGAGAGCAUUAUACAUACAAUAGUGGCGCCGCCGGAGGAAAGAGAGAGAGCAUGUUUGGAAUGUAAAGAGACGAUCGCGUAGCACUAAUAUCUGUAUAAUAAUUCCAGCAGUAAAUAUAUUGACACAAUCUGGAAGUGAAUAUCUCGCUACGAAGGGAGGAAAUGUCUUGCGAUGGUUGUUCA